UUUCACGUCGAGCCGCUCGUGCCCAGUGCUGCUUCUGAAACACUGCGCGUUGAAUCCUAUCAGAGAGCGGCUCCAUGCUUAUUAUGGUCAACCGGGGAGCUCUCUCACUUUCUACCUUGAACGUAUCCCACGCUUAGAAGCUAUACUGGAGUGCACUGUUCAUAACGCGGUGGACGUGUAAUUUUGAGUCUGCGGACGAAGGAAAUAGGCCUAGAAGCAGGUUUUCCUUUAGGUUCUGGAUAACGACGGAUGAAGUUUCGUUUCUUUCGGAAUCGAAGAUCUGCUACGCGUCGAGAGCACACUGUUAAAGUGCAAGUGCAUUUUGUACAAGGUAUUCUUUGCAAGGGGUCCCACAAGUAUGUAUGAUUUAAACAUGUUUGUAGUGCUAGAUUCCCAUCUUCUCCUGUAGAAUUCUAGAGAUCUGUGCGGUGAUUGAAGUAGUUUUUUGUGUGGAAACCUUUUUCCCCCUUAUUGGAAUAUUUCAAACAACACAGAUCCUGCGGUUGACACUCUUCCGUUACCAAUUAUGUCACAUCUCGGAUAUUAAGAUUUUCAGAGAAUGGUAAAUGAUCGAUGGACAAUCAUGAACAGUGUUUCAGAACUCGAAGAUGGACAACAGCAUAAAUCUCAGAGGAUGGGUUGUAGCUACUUUCUGUGCACCAUCCUGCUUUUUGUGGCUGUACUCCUGGCCGUCACGGCGACUGGUACCAUCCUCUUCAUGAACCAUUACCAAGCCCCGCCCCCCGGAAGUAAUGACGGCCCACCCCUCAUCACCACCAAUCAAGAUGAGGGCAACGCCCUGGUGACAGUUGAGAGGGGCGACGGAUCGCGUAUCAACAUCUUCAUCGACCCCAACUGCCCGGACUACAACAACAACUUCCUGCGGCUGGAGGGUGUGCAGACGUCGCUGCUCCACUCGCUGACCCACCAUGACACGGACCUGAAGUCAGUGAAGGGCCAGGACCGUGCCCUGCUGGUGAAGCUGGCCGAGGAGGUGGCCAAGCUCUCUGCCCACACCGGUCAGCUCAAGUUGGAGUACGAGUCUCUAAGGAGGGGCCAGGGAAACCUGGGACAGGAGCUCAACACCUUGCAGACAGAGCAAGGCCGACUGAUCCAGCUGCUGUCUGAGAAUGAGCUCAACAUGGUGAAAGUGGUGAAUUCAGUGAACUCCAUGCAGAAGGAAACCGGCAGCCUGAAGAGCAAGCUGAAGGCAGACCUCCAGAGAGCACCUGUCCGGAGCCCUCGGCCCAAAGGCUGCUCCAAUGGUUCCAGACCUCGAGACUGUAGUGAUAUCUACGCCAGUGGCCAACGAGAGGAUGGGAUUUACUCUGUGUUCCCCACACACUUCCCUGCCGGCUUCCAGGUGUUCUGUGACAUGACCACAGACGGAGGAGGGUGGACGGUCAUUCAGCGCAGAGAGGACGGCGCGGUAAACUUCUUCCGAGCGUGGGAUGCCUAUCGCGACGGCUUCGGAAAGAUCACCGGGGAACACUGGCUUGGUUUAAAGAGGAUGCAUGCUCUGACUAUUCAAGCCAACUACGAGCUGCGCAUUGACCUGGAGGACUUCGAGAACAGCACAGCCUUCGCCCAGUAUGGAGCCUUCGGAGUGGGACUGUUUUCUGUCGACCCAGAUGAAGACGGAUACCCACUGACGAUUGCUGACUACUCAGGCACUGCAGGUGAUUCAAUGCUCAAACACAACGGGAUGAAGUUCACCACCAAGGACCAGGACAACGAUCACUCUGAGAACAACUGCGCCUCCUUCUACCACGGCGCCUGGUGGUACCGUAACUGCCACACCUCCAACCUGAACGGACAGUACCUCCGUGGGCAGCACACCUCCUACGCUGACGGCAUCGAAUGGUCCUCCUGGACGGGCUGGCAGUACUCUCUCAAAUUUGUUGAGAUGAAAAUCAGAGCCACGAGAGAGGAGAACAAAUGAGGGAGGAGGGGGGCCCUAUGAGAACCCAUAGACCUAUAGACUUGGCGUUGUUGAGGACACUGCCUGCCGAGAAUUAGAAUAAGGACUCUGACCCCAGCUCCACCCGUACUGUAACCCUUGUCCAAAAACAUUCUUAUGCCCUUGAAAGGUUGACCAUCCUGUGGUGUUGUGUUGAAGCCUCUGAGGUUCUGUGACAUUUUGCAACCUCUUGCUGGUCUGAUAUCAUAUUUAUAAGAACUCCAUCACAAAGUAAUACAGGCAGUGUCAGAACUACGGUGUUGUUGUGCAUUUGGAAGAAAAGCUGUAGAAUUUUUAAGUAUGAAAUGUUAGGAUUUAUGUAUUUCCCUUGAACUAAUUGAAUUUAAUUAUUUAUAUUUCUUAGAUUAUUUUGGUUGUCCUUGUGGUACUGUUAACUUUGCAUCUGACAGCAUCCUGAGUUUUAAGUGUUACACAGGUAGUUUUGUGAUAGUUCCCAGAGCGAAUGCUUAAGCUUUACCUCAGUGGGCUAACACUGUCUUUUGGAACAAAGGAGACGCAGAUUUGAACUCUCUGUCAGUUACUUGAGCUUCUGGUUGCACCCUAGCUCCUGAUUGACCUGUAGACAUAUAGCAUAUUGUGAUGAUGUGUCAUUUGUGUGCCCCAGUAAAACACAUUCAUGACAAAG